AUGGCGCCAUCACUUCUUCUCCUACCUUCUCCCCCCCGCCCUCCAUCCGCAUCUACCCUCUCGGCUGCCUAUCGCUCACCAUUAACAUCCGUCCUCACCAAACUCAAACAAUCUUCAACUCCCCAAACUCUCAUAGUCGGCCUCGCACUUCCUCUUCUCACCGGCUCAUCACACAGAUCAAAGACAAUCGCAUGGACAAACGCUCAAUAUCUCCUCGCAGGUCUUUACACUCUGACAUCCGUCAUAUGCGCCAAGGAGAACAUUCCCGUUGACGUCGGCGCUGGAAAUGGCAGCGUAGAUGUGCGCAUCAUUCUUAUCGACCAUGAGAGGGGCCGACGCUACGAACCAGAUUUUGAUGGCGGGUUUGAGGCGAAUUGUACUGCUGUGUUGGAUUUAGCUGCGUUUGCGACAAAGGUUCGACCAUGGCAGACUGUUUAUCAUCCAAGCUGUGAAGAAGGAUAUGAUUUGCUUUCCUCGUUUCUCAAACUUGCAGAGAAGAAGCAAACGUUUACUCAGAGUCAGCUUGUGGCUAUUGAAGGUGGAAUCAGUUUGACAGAGGAAUCGACUUUGUCACCAAAGGAACAGCAAAAAGGCUUCAACACUGUUUGUCUAGGAGGAACGUUUGAUCAUCUUCACCCGGGCCACAAGUUAUUGCUUCAUGCAAGCGUUCUUCUUCUCAAUAUCCCUCCAAAAGACUCUGACAAGACAUGCACUCUCGUCGUGGGUAUAUCUAGCGAUGAGCUACUCGUCAAGAAGAAAUACGCCGAAGAGCUUCAGUCAUGGGAUGAACGCUCGCAGACUGUUCUCUCAUUCCUCUCAACGCUCCUCGAUUACGAUACAACAUCUACAUCACCACCAAUAGAACGCACUCCCGAUGAAGCAAUUGCUACUCUACGCGAUGGAAGAGUCAAAGUGCGAUGCAUCAUACUUCGUGAUCCAUUUGGUCCACCAAUCCACGAGGAAGAUGCUGAUGCGAUUGUUGUUUCUGCAGAAACACGGAGUGGAGGUAAAGCAAUCAACGAUCGUAGGGUGGAGAAAGGAUGGAAACCGCUUGAAGUAUUUGAGAUUGAUGUUUUGGAUGCUGAUGAGGUUGGUGAUGGGGAAGUGAGCAAAACGAAUGAUUUUGCGACAAAGAUUAGUAGCACUGCGAUUAGACAGCAGAGGGCUGAGGCAAAGAGACGAAUACUGCGUUUGCUAACAUUUAGCAUCAAAUGUAAUGCUUUUGGCGAUACCUUUUUGGGUGACAAACACAAACUGACAUUCACCAUGGAUCCCCUCGAUAACAUGGCCGGCGCCCCCGUGCCCAAAAAUUUCGAUGCCGAGAACGCCCAGAACAACGAAGACAUCGAGAAGCAAUUUGCCGUCAAAGUCGUCCAGCACAUGCAAACCUACUGGUCCAUCCUCGAGCGCGUCAAGGGCUCAACCCUCCGCCUGACCAAGAUCGACGACGAGAUCAUGGAGCACCUCAAGACCGACUUCCCCGAGUUCGACCCCGCCGCCAAAGUCGACGAGGACGAGAUGAAGAGCAAGGCCGGCAAGGAGCGCUGGCGAAAAUUCAUGAUGGCGUACGAGAAGAAGGUGGAUGAUUAUAACUUUGGUACCAUGGUGCGCGAUAGACCCGAUGUUGAGUAUGAGGAGGAUACCACGAUUUUUGUGCCUCGUAUGCAGUUUUACGCUCUUGAGAUUGCACGUAGAAACCGUGCUGGUCUCAAUGACUGGAUCUACGAGCAGGCUCAGGCUCAGAAGAACAAGUCCAAGUAA